AUGGAGGGUUGUUAUCGCAUACACUAUUCCGGUACUACUAUUCAGACCACGGUUACUUCAUCGGCUAGCGUGGUUGACGGAUGGAUAUCAACAACCGUUGAAAUUCAUCGCCAUCGACUUUCCAAUCUCAUUCUCGGCCUCGACAUAGAAUGGCGACCCUACUUUCAACCCCAAGAGCGAAAUCCAGUUGCAAUCCUUCAGAUUUGUGACGGCCAUCGAUGCUUGAUCUUUCAGCUACUCCACGCCGACUCAAUUCCCAUAUCACUGCACCAAUUUCUGGCUUUCCCAUACUUCACUUUUGUGGGUGUUGGGGUUCAAGAAGACGCUGAAAAACUGUUUCAGGAACUGCAUCUUAGAGUUGUUAGUACUAUGGAUUUGGCCCAACUUGCCGCUGAUAGAUAUGGAGUCGAAGAUUUUAGAAGAAGGGGCUUGAAGAGAUUGGCCAUGGAGCUGAUUGGCAAGUACAUGGAAAAGCCCAAACAUGUAACUCUGAGUCAAUGGGAUGCCAAGAAUCUUUCUGAUGAACAAGUUGAAUAUGCUACGAUUGAUGCUUAUGUAUCUUUUGCACUUGGGUUGUCCUUGUUGAACGGAUUCAGGAGAGUCAGCCCUGUCCCAUUCCCUCUCCAUCAACAUUCUUGCAAUGCCAGCUAUUGGCGUCCUCCACCUCAGCCUUCUUUCUUUGUGGUGUACACUCUACCACCACCACAAUUUGUUUGA